UUAAAUCAACCGUUCCAAAAAAACGAACCGUAAAUCUGUUCACAAGAAUGGAAGAAGCAAAAGGUGUUUACACUGUACUGAAAAAGUGCAUGGAGGAAAAGAUUAGGAUAAAGGUUUGGACGAGAAACCAAAAAACCAUACGAGGAUAUUGUUUGGCCUACCUUGUAGCUUACGAUAAGUUUUGGAACAUGGUCCUAGAAGAUGUUACCGAAUAUUGGAAUAGACCGAAAAAAAUGAAAGUACCCGCUUUUAAUACCGUUCAUCAAUCAGUGGAAGUUAGGAAAAUAAUGAGAAACCAUGUUCGUCCGCCGAAAGUGAAGGUAUUUCCUCAUGAAUCAGAUAAAAAGCUGGAGAGCUGCGUAAGGCACGUUGAUCAGUUGAUGAUAAGAGGGGAGCAAGUGGUAUUUGUCAGUGUUAUGGAGGAGAGUAGGGAAAAUAACUUGAAAAAAAGUGAUGAAAGUAACAUUCGGAAAAACAUUGAAAAAGGCGAAAAACUUGACAAUCCAGUAGAUAGGAAAAAACUAAUUCAUAAAGACAACAAGAUUCGCGAUACUGGUAUAGUCGUUGAAAUUAGUGAGGAGGAAGUAGUUGAACUGAGUGAUGACGAUAGUUCUACAAGCAGUAAAGGAAAUGAAAAACAAAAAAAUAGUUGAUGAAUAACAGUUUUAGCGUUACAGUCUGUUCACUGAACAAUUGGAGUUGUAAAAAUGCGUGUUCUGUACGCAGUAUCAUUGGUACGCAGUAUUAUUUGUCUCUGCCAUUAAGAUUUUAUUAGGAGUACACGAUAUUGCAAAAGUGACGGCAAUGGUCAAUUCAGUGACAAAAAUUCUUGUUCGUAUAAUCAGCAAGUAUUUGACACGUUUGAGUUUGUAACAUUUUCGACAUAUACCACUGAUUAGAUGUUCUGUCGGAACGCCAAAUAUUUGUCAUGACUGCCAUACCAUGUACUCUCAUCUUGAGAUUUUCACUCGGAUUUUCACUUAUCAGUUUACAAAUCCGCCACAUGUGUUACACGUUUUGCAAGAAACUAUUGUAUAGUGAAACUUGUCGCGUUUUCGUAAACUGUUAAAAUAUUCGAGAGAGAGAGCACGUGAUCACUCCAUUUGUUCGAUGAAACGGAUUACUCUACAAUCUGUGAUAUGAUUUUUUUUGUUUUGUCUGUUUCAAUUCUCAUUUACUGAGCAACUCAAAACUUCAGGAAUGCAAGAACUAUUUGUUAUAAUUUUAUAAUUGUAAUUUUUCAUGAAGAUAAAAAUAAAUCGUAAGAUACA